AUGCCUGACAUUUGUUGUGCUAUAGGGUGUAUAAAUAUAAGCAUAAAAAGCGAUAAAAACUUGAGUUUCUACCGCAUUCCUUUUGGAAAUACAGAAACAUCAAAAAACAGAAAAGUUUUAUGGUUACAAGCCUUAAAACGUAAAAACUGGCCAAUAAGUAUGAUUGAUAACGCAAGAUUGUGUAGUAAACAUUUUAUUUCAGAAUCUCAGACUGAUGAUGUUAAUUUUGUUGCUGAGCUACAUUCUAAAGUCAAAACUUUAAGUAAAAAUAAUGUUGAAUUAAAGAUUACGAUAAACAAAGCUAUAACAUCAUCUGUUUCUCAAUAUAUUUCGUUUGAAAAACUAAAAGAUGAUAAUUCACUUUUAUUUUUUUAUACUGGUUUGCCAAAUGCAAAUUUAUUUUUGUGGUAUUUAUCAUUGUUUAAUGAUUGUGUAAAACCAAUGAAAAGUAUACCAAUAGAAUACCAUUUAUUGCUAAUAUUAAUGAAAAUCAAACUUGGAUUUUUAAAUAAAGACUUGAGCUUUAGAUUUGGUUUUUCUGAGCCAACAGUCACUACAAUAUUUAGAUCUUGGCUUCCAAUUAUUGCUGAAAAUGUUAAGUUUUUAACUGUUUGGCCAGAAAAGCAUGUUUUGCGAAGAAAUUUGCCAACAAGUUUUCGCAAAAAGUUCUAUAAUUGUGUUGCAAUAAUUGAUUGCAUGGAAAUAUUCAUUGAAAGACCUUUUAGUGCUGUAAGUUUUUUAUCCCCUGGAUGGGGUGGUAGAGUGUCAGAUAAAGAAGUUACAAUUAAAUCUGGAUUUCUAGAAAAAAUAACCCAUGGAGAUUGUGUACUUGCUAAUAGAGGAUUUACACUUGUUGAAGAAUUUGCUACAAAAGGAGGGAUUUUAAAAUUACCAAAGUUUACCAAAGGAAAAAUACAGACGUCUUCUGCUGAAGUUGAUGAAUCACGUCAAAUAGCACAUGUAAGAAUCCAUGUUGAAAGUGUAAUUGGACGGUUAAGAAAAUUUCGAAUUCUUCAGAACAUUAUCCCAUUAACUCAAGUUGAUUUACUUAAUGAUGUUAUGGUAAUAAUAACUUCAUUAGUAAAUAUUAACAGUAGUGUUGUUCCUCCAAACUCAUAG